UACCGAAUUCUGACGUGGUCCACAUAAGAAACAUUAAUUGGGGGACCGCUGAAUCCAACAAAACUGAUCGUCCCACUCGCCUGGAUUUAAGUAGAAUUGCAUAUAACUGCUGCAGUUAUUUUGGUAUUUUAUCCAAGUUGUGUAGUUAAGAGCAGAAAAAAUCAAAAUCUUUCCAGUAUUAUAGAAACGAAUAUAUAGCUACAAAAAGUACCUCCAAUUAAAUCCUUAUCAGCACUGAAAAGACUAAAAAUUUAAAUAAAAUAUGUAUGUGUUUGUAAUCGCGAAAGUUUUAAUGGAUUCGAAGAACAAUCUGGCGCUGAUUAAAUUAUUAAUUCAUUUCUAGCUGCAGCUCCAAGUUUCAGUUGGCAAUCAUAAAUCGAAAUGACAGCACCACCGGAAAUCACGCGCCUGCCAAUAGAUGUUAUUCAUCUAAUACUUGACAAACUAAAUACUGAGGACCAAAUCAAUUUCGGUCAAGUACACGUCAAUUUUAGCAAAGCACUUUGUUACUACAACAAGAAAGUAUACGAAAAGAUUCAUCCCUAUAAACUGCCAAUCCAAUUCUGGCCAACGAUUUUGCCCAUUUGCGGUUCCGAAAUUGUACAAAUACACGAGUUAUUUAGUAAGCAUUCUGAAGUCCCCAUAGUUCUGAUAGAGAAGUAUUGCCAAAACAUUGAAAGUAUUCAACUCAAAGUGCACAGCCGAAAUGUUAACAAGAUCACAUCCCUAUUAAGCAAACGGAAAAGUUUAAAGUCGGUUCAUUUAUACGUUUUGGACAAAUUUGAGCUCCCCAUAGAAGUAAUGGAUGCCAUAAGGGAGCUACCCCAACUAAACGAGUUGCUUUUGUACGGAGUGAAUGGAGAGCAGAUUGAUCUGGUACAACACCUCAAUCACUUGGAAGUUUUAAGCAUAACACUUAAGCUGGAUUCUAUGCCCGUUAAUAUUUUUAAAAUAUGCUCACAUAUUAAAAAUCUGCGGUCGUUGCACAUUUCCAACUUUGAUCUGUCAUUCACAAAUAAAUCAGUUUUGGAAUUGACUAAUUUGGAGAGCCUUGCUAUCUGCAACUCUCAAAUAUCAACUGAAAUUCCAUAUUUUCCGAAGCUUAAAAGACUUAAAUUCUGGGGCAAUAAAUACCUAGUCCUGAAACUUAACCUGUACGAUUGGAUAGCAACGCACGCCGGAACACUAAGGUCUCUUGAGUUGUCCUUUGAAAACCCUCAAACAUUUAAGGAAAUUGAUUUUCUGGAAGCCCUCAAAGUCUGUAGCAGUAUAGCCGAUUUUCGUUUGCAUAGCUCAAUUUCCAAUUUAUUCUUGCCUUCAUUUGUGAAAAUCCUGAUUAAAAAUAGCUUCAGCGUGGGAAAUCCAUUCAUCCUUAGUUGUCCAAACAGCUUGAAAAUAAUCAAAGAGCUUGAACGUAUUCCAAAUUCCGGUAUUAUACAAGUCAGGAACAUAAAUGGUCUACCUGCUGAGGUUGUCAAUAUGGCAAGACAUGAUCCACUAAUCCCAGGGAAUAUUGCUGGUCAGUGGGUUAAGGGUUUUUCACUUUACGUACUAGCACAAUUUUUCGAAAUUGCCUGUGAGGAUAAGAUGACAUCUCCAUGUUCGUGGCAUUAUCCCAGUUACUUAUUUUAUGUUUUCUGAUGCUCGUAGCCUAAAUGCUCGUCUAAAAUAAAAUAUGUAUCGAUUGAGCAAGAA